UGUUUUCUUUUUGGAGGAUAUAACAGUUUUGAAAUGAUUGAGCGCGCACGAUGCGGUUCACAAACGACAAUCUGAACACCAUCCAAACACGGACAUAGCCAGAAAGACGCUUUUUUUUUCUGAAUUUGUGCGUGCACUUUUGAUUUAUUCCCCAUUUUUACCAUCAGAUUGUUGCUAUUGUUUGUGGCUCGAUUUAAACAAACACACAAACAAACAUAAAAACGAUCCAAACGUCACAUCGAUGGAUUAUUUCCACUGCAGCUCGGCAGAGGGGGUUAGAUGCAGCACCGAGCGUUUCUUUAGACAUGCUGAAAAAGCGCCGGAGUGCGGAGAAGGAGAAGAAGCAGAAUGGAAUUAACCAAGGGAGAACGGACAGCUCCCUUCCUUCCGUGAGGAAUACCAAAAUAUACACUAAAGGAGGAUUUUUUUGAGGGGGGGAUGCACAAGGUCACUUAUUUGGUAAGAUUAAUCUCACAUUGUAAUCUGAGACAUUAGAUGAUGAUGAUAAUGAUGAUGCUUUUUUUUUUUAGUGUUUUGUAAAUAAGAUGAUGGAAAAAAUGUUUAACCAGAGUUGGAUGGCAUGUAUCAAAACAUGAAUUGUCCUCCUGUUUCUGCAGACUGCUGAUCUAUGUGUCUGUCAGUUUGCGUCUGGAGGAACGCAGACAUCCAUGAUCUGAUAGUUUUUCCAUGUCUCGGACUGCGGGGAUGAAUUGUCAGCAUUGAAAAAAUGCUGCUGUGGAUUGUGUUGCUGAAGGCGGCUCUUUGUGCAGCUCUCGGGAACAGUACAAGCGACGUGUGCAAGGAGGAGAUCUGCUCGUGCAGUGCAGUAGAGGGCGAUUUGCACAUCGAUUGCGAAAAGCGCGGUUUCAGCAACCUGCAGCACUUGACUGGUCCGAGCUCGCAGUUUUAUCACUUGCUGCUGCAUGGGAAUUCCCUAUCCAGACUGUUUCCCAAUGAGUUCGCCAACUUCUACAAUGCAGUCAGCUUGCAUUUGGAGAACAACGGCUUACAUGACAUCGUCCCCGGCGCCUUCCUCGGCCUGCAGCUGGUCAAGCGCCUGCAUAUAAACAACAACAAGAUCCGGUCGUUUAAAAAGAACACUUUUCUUGGUUUGGAUGAUUUGGAGUAUCUCCAAGCUGAUUUUAACCUUUUAAGAGACAUUGAUCAUGCUGUUUUCAGGGACUUGAGUAAACUAGAGGUCUUAAUUCUUAAUGAUAACCUAAUUAGUGCACUCCCCACAAACAUUUUCCAGCAUGUUCCCAUAACACAUCUUGACCUGCGUGGGAACCGGAUAAAGACAUUGCCUUAUGAAGGGGUGUUGGAACAAAUUCCUGGCAUUGUAGAGGUUUUGUUGGAGGACAAUCCAUGGGACUGCAACUGUGACCUUCUUUCCUUAAAGCAGUGGCUCGAAAACAUCCCACAGCGGGCACUUGUCGGCCGGGUUGUUUGUGAAGCACCUGCGCGUCUCCAGGGCAACGAACUGAACGAGACAGCCGAGUCUGAGCUCUGCCCUUCCAAAGAUGGCGUCGAUUCCAGUUUGGCCGCACCUCCAACUCAGGACGAGACUUCAGAACUGGAUGCUCCUCCUUCUCCCACGUCCACAACCUCCAAAAUGGCCGGAGUGACAGAGAAAAGCGCUCAGAACAACAAGGGCCGUCCCAAAGCAAGAGAAAACUGGCAGCUAAAAAUGCCAACAGCAAUAGCAUCAGGAACGAGUGAUGUUGCGUGUCCCCAAACGUGCCUAUGCAAGCCAAUCGGCACUAGUCAAGGACUUGGGGUUAACUGUGAAGGUAAAAAAUUGGAGAGCGUGCUCAAUCUGAGACCCAAACCUCUCGGUGCACAUGAGCUAAAUCUACGUGAUAACAAUAUCCAUGCCGUGAAAAGGAACCAUUUUCGGGGUUACACAGAUCUGAACCUGCUCGAUUUAGGUGGGAAUAACAUAAAAACAAUCGAGAAUGGCACUUUUCAAAACUUGAGCGAGUUGCGGUGGCUUUACAUGGACAAGAACUAUCUGGAUACUGUCAUGGCGGAUAUGUUUGUGGGACUACAAAACCUGGAAUAUCUCAGUUUGGAAUAUAACGACAUCCAGCUCAUCAUAGCAGGAGCCUUUAGUCCAAUGCCUAACUUGCGGGUGCUGUUCCUAAACAACAAUCUGUUAAAGUUGCUGCCCACGGACACCUUUCUGGGUGUCUCCUUGUCCAAAAUAAGCCUGCAUAACAACUAUUUCACCCAUCUUCCCUUAAGUGGUGUCCUCGAUCAGCUCAGCUCGAUCAUCCAAAUCGACAUGCAUGGAAACCCGUGGGAUUGCACGUGCACUAUUGUGCCACUGAAACAGUGGGCGGAAAAAAUGGCACCUGACGUCAUCGUGAGCGACCUAAAAUGUGAGUCACCAGAGGAGUUCUGGAAGCAAGAUUUCCGUCACAUUCGCAUAGACCUGAUAUGCCCGGAACUUUAUGAGCAGGCUUUGCCGACUUUGCUUUCCAAAAAUGGCACCAUUGGUACGGAUUCCGACUCAGGAACGCGUCCUGGAUCGUACCCCGAGCCGAGCCGAGUCUCAAUUUCAGUUCUGGUGCCCGGAUUGCUGCUUGUGUUUGUUACUUCUGCUUUCACUGUUGUCGGGAUGCUAGUUUUCGUCCUGCGCCACAGGAAACGGUCCAAACGGAGAGAUGGGAACUCCUCGGCAUCCGAGAUCAACUCUUUGCAGACAGUUUGUGACUCAUCUUAUUGGCACGGCGCUGCUUAUCAUGCUGAUCACAGGAGCUAUGACUGCGGCUCUCACUCGCUCUCUGAUAAAUAAGGCACUUAGACAUUCAUCAAAGCACCUAAGUGUAAAAAAGCAGAUGCAUCCUGGUGGCACAUUCUUACUCGCUCUGUUGGGAAAUACCCUAUUUUUUCUUUGCUUCAGUUCGCUGUAAAUUUUCAUGAGACACCAUUAUGGAUGCUGUUGUAAAAUAUGUACCUCUUUCUUUUUCCUUUACCCUCCCUCUCUCUCUCUCUCUCCCCCUCUCUGUCUUUGUGUCGCAAUCAUUCGACUGCAAACCUGAGGAAGUGGAAAUGGUGCACGAUGGGAUGAGGAGCGCAUGAAUGUAAUGUAAAUAGCGACUUGUAACAUAUCUGCAUGAUCCAAUCCGCAUGGUUUUGACUCCCGAGCGCCGGGAACCAGACCACGACACGCUGACUCCAC